UGCCAGGCCAUGUCAAAUUCAGCCAAUAAACCAAACACAAUAAAGCUAGAAGUUGAAGAACCCCUUGAAUCCCCUAAAGGAACUAAAGGUUCAGGAGAUGUGAGUCCACUGAAGCCCCUGACUAAAGGAAGUGCUCGUAGAAGGAAGACCUCUGGAAUGAAGCAUGUGCGGUGUGAUAACCUCUACUUCAGAUCUAGCGGGAGGUUUACUUGGAGGGAGCUCUCCCUGAAAACUGCAAGGUUCAACACAUGGGAACCAGAGUCUAACAUACUGGAUCAGAGGUUACUGGACGAGUUCGAAGAUAGAUGCAGGAACUCCGGGGACCUCUUCAUUAAAGAAGACGUAUACGACACAGAGAUGUCAGAUACUGAGAACAACGAGCGCAUUGCUAACAGGAGAUCGGCUCCAGUUGUGCGCAGCACAGCAAAGCGCACCAAGAAGAAGCGCACUACCAGAUCAUCGUUCAAGUUGCGGGGCUCACGAGAGAAGCGUGCCCCUGUGGUGAAGUACGAGGAAAUAGAGGAUGAAGUGGAAGAGAAACUGUCUGACGAGGAGGAGGAUCUGGAGGAGGGGGAGAAGAAGGAGGAGAAAGAGGAGGAAGUGAAGGAGGAGUUAACAUUAGAAGAAGAGGAGGAGAAGGAGGAAGAAGCACCAGAAUCUAGUGUAUCAGACCAAGAAGCCGGCUCGUCAGCAGCCAGUCCGGUGCGCAAUCUCCGCAACAAGAAAGUAGCUAAACCCAUCUCCCUGAGUACAGCCAAAAAGCGCACCCCUUCCAGCAAGUUCUCCAGUCUGAUGAAAAGGAGCAGGAAACAAGCCCAGUCGUACGGAAUGCAGUUCAGCCGCAAGGAGCUGUCUAAUACCAGCGUCUCACCUACCGCAUCCUCUGCCAAGUUGUCCUCUGAAGAUGGAGAUGACCAGGUUGGAUCUGACGAGCCUACCAGCGUGAAGAUAGUGAAGACAAAAGAGCAGCCAAAACAGAAGAAGAAGAGAGCAGUGAUCUUGUCAGAGGAAUCUGGAGACUCGGGGAGAAGGAGAGACAGAAGAACGGAUCAGAGGAGGGUGGAGACGAGGAGCUCAAUAUGAAGAGGAAGCGGCCGGCCCGAUCCUGCGCAGUACCCUCUGGUUUCUGGGACCCUGUAGCAGUGAAGAUAGACAGUGGUAUAGACUCCCACAGCGAGAACGAGGACCACAGUAUCAAGGAGGAGGACAUUAUACGUGCUCAGAGGAGGAUGAAGAACUUUGAACCUGCUCCUUCUAACCAUGAGACCUGCUACACUGAGACCCCCACUGAGUCGACUAACGGCUGUAUAAACGAUUUGGGGGACUCCGUGUUUCCCAAGAAGAAGUUCUGUUUACGACCCCCCACUCUGGAUCUCUCCAAGAGACCUAUCUCAGACUUUGUCUUCAAGAUUGACGAUCUGUGGGCCGAUAAAGUGCACGAAUCUUCGGUCAAAGCUCUUGGCUACAGUGUCAAGAUCUUCGAGUGCAAAUCAGCCAAAACUCUCUUCUCAAACUCAAAGAAAUCUACCAAACUGAAAACAGAAGAAUCAAAUCAGGAACAACUUGGAACAUAAAACGAAAACAAUUUACCGUCGAAUUCAGUUCGUCGGAAUGUUCUAGAUCGAGACUGGUUUUUAUUCAAAAUUGUUGUUUGUUGACCACAAGAAGAGUUGAUGAAGUUGCUGUGCGCUUGACAGUAAGUUAACGGACUUAGUAAUGUUUCUGCUAUGUUUUAUUUUACUGAAUAACUCAGUUACGGGCUGCAAUGAAAUGAUUAUUGUUUGAAAGCCUACAAGACGUUAGGUGUGUUUGUUUUUAUUAUUUAGUUGUUUGUAACUGCUGGCCAGAUUUAAUCGAACCGAGAACAGAAAGUAUUCAGGAAUGUAUCGUUGCAAUGAUUUGUCGUUGUUUGGUCAUGUCGGAAUUGAAUUUUUUGGGAAAAACAAUUUAUAGUUAGUUGACUGAACAGAUGUUUCUGAUUGAUUGUUUUUGAUUAAUUUCCUGUCAAGUUUUGAUAAGAUUUUGUUCAAGUUUUAGUUCUGAGCUAUUGCCUGUAUCCUUGGCAGUAAUCAAAGUGGCAGUGGAAAAGCCUAUGGAUGUGUUGACGCAUUUUUUCAUAAUCACGAUUAGACAGAUUAAUUUUGAUUGAACUUUUUUAAUUGUUAUUAUUAUUUUGGUUAAUUGUUUUCCUAUGAAAGUGAA